UUCUCCCGCACCGCGUGCGAGAAGCGGCAGCGUGGUGAGUCGCUCGGAAAGUCCUGCAGCCGCUCCCGACGGAGGGCCACCCAACCUCCGCCAAAACUCGGGGGAACAGCCGUCAAAAUGCUGGUGCUAUUCGAGACCGCCGCUGGAUAUGCCAUAUUCAAAGUACUUGAUGAGUCGAAACUACAAGAAGUCGACAGCCUUUGGAAGGAGUUUGAAACGCCAGAGAAGGCCAACAAAGUUGUGAAGUUGAAGCACUUUGAAAAGUUCCAGGAUACCACAGAGGCUUUGGCAGCUGCCACUGCCCUGGUUGAAGGAAAGAUUGGAAAGAGUCUAAAGAAAGUCCUGAAGAAAGUUGUGGCCAAGGAGGCUCACGAGCAGUUGGCCAUCAGCGAUGCCAAGCUUGGUGGCGCCAUCAAAGACAAGCUCAGCCUGAACUGUGUCCACAGCCCGGCCGUGGCUGAAUUGAUGAGAGGCAUCAGAAAACAGAUGGAGGGCCUCAUCAGUGGACUGCCUCCAAAAGAGAUGAGCGCUAUGGCCCUGGGGCUGGCUCACAGUUUGUCCCGCUACAAGUUGAAGUUCAGUCCAGAUAAAGUGGACACUAUGAUCGUACAGGCAAUCUCACUUCUGGAUGACCUGGAUAAAGAGCUGAACAACUAUAUCAUGCGCUGCAGAGAGUGGUAUGGCUGGCACUUUCCUGAGCUGGGCAAAAUCGUCACAGACAACCUGGCCUACUGCAAAGCUGUCCGCAAAAUAGGUGACCGCACAAAUGUUGCCACCAGUGACCUGUCAGACAUCCUACCAGAGGAGAUUGAAGCUGAAGUCAAACUGGCAGCUGAAAUCUCAAUGGGAACAGAGGUUUCAGAAGAGGACAUCGGCAAUAUAAUGCAUCUAUGUGAUCAGGUGGUGGAGAUCACAGAAUAUCGCUCACAGCUGUACGACUACCUUAAAAACCGCAUGAUGGCCAUUGCCCCCAACCUAACGGUUAUGGUGGGAGAGCUGGUUGGCGCCCGCCUCAUCUCACAUGCCGGUUCCCUGUUGAAUCUGGCAAAGCACCCGUCCUCCACUGUGCAGAUCCUUGGAGCAGAGAAGGCCCUGUUCAGAGCCCUGAAGACCCGGAAAGACACGCCCAAGUACGGUCUUAUCUACCACGCCUCCCUAGUAGGCCAGACCACCGCAAAGAACAAGGGCAAGAUCUCCAGAAUGCUUGCGGCUAAAGCGGCCCUAGCCAUACGCUAUGAUGCCCUUGGAGAGGACACCAAUGCUGAGAUGGGUAUAGAGAAUCGUGCCAAGUUGGAGGCUAGACUACGCCACUUAGAGGAGAAGGGAAUCCGAAGAAUCAGUGGAACAGGCAAAGCACUGGCAAUGGCUGACAAAUACCAACACAAGAGUGACGUGAGAGUUUACGAUCCGUCCGGGGAUUCCACGAUUCCCACAACUUCAAAAAAGAGAAAGUUUGAGGAGGUGGAGGAGACCACAGAGCCAGUUACGCCUGUGGUCAAAGCAAAAAAGGUCAAGAAAGAACCGGAAACAGAAGAAGUCGAAACAGUAGCAGAGACGGAAGAGCCUCCCAAGAAGAAGAAGAAAAAGAAGGACAAAAAGGCUGAGGUUGCUGAGGAACCAAUGGAACAAGAGCAGGAAGUAGAAGAACCAACAGAAAAGAAGAAAAAGAAGAAGAAAAAGAAGGUCAAGGAGGAAGAAGAUGAAUAAGAGUGGACAUUCUAUAUUUUGUAUUUCUAUAUCAUUGUAUAUGUUUAUUUCUUAGGGUCAAGACUGUACAUAUUGUAUUGUCCUUUUUUCUGGACACCAAGAAAGACUGAAUGAGAACAAUACACAACUGUCAUUUGAUCCCUUUUUAUAGCUGUUGAUGAGAGAUGUGAUUGUAAAUCACAAUGGAUGGAUGUUUUUGAGUGUUGUUUUUUUUUUUUUUUAACGACAGCCCUUGAGUUUAUAUGCAACUCAGUCUAUAAGCAGAGCCGAUGGAUGGAGACUGAAAUAUUAAUAAGGUUUAUUGUGGUAAACCUUCGUCCAUUACUAUGAACAUCUGCUCUGUUGAAAUAAACUUUUUUUUUCUUUUUU